AUGUCCCCCAUCGCCCUCGCUGCCUAUGAAUCCCUCCAGCAGCAUGUCACGACACUCCUCCUUCAAGUGGAGACAGAGUCCCAUAUCUUACCAGCCCACUUGAUGUGGGCCAUCCAUGCCAGCAUCAUACAGAUCUCAUGCACCCUCCGUCGGAAUCAUAACGCAUCACAGCCGCUCUUCAGACUUCCCGUGGAGGUCCUUCAUCAAAUCGUCGAGUUUUCUAUACCCAUGAAGCCGAGCACCUACCCACUUCUCUUGAAGUCGUCCAUACGCGAUUCCUGCUCCGUCUUACCUCUCAGCCACACGUGCCAUCAGCUACGCGCGAUGAUUCUCAGUCAUCGACUGUUGUGGCGAGACGUGAACGGCGAUAAGCUCUCAAUCACAAGACUCCUUGAUCGCAACGCCAACGGCCUACCCCUCCGAGUUCGUUCGUUGUUCUCAAACCAUACCCCGGGCACGCUAAGCGCAAUCACGUCGCCGCUUCAAGAGCUCCAUCUGGCUGAGAUUCAUGAUCCGCACUUGCAAGAUGUCAACACACUCCUCUCCUACCCCCACCCCGCCCUUCGCUCGUUGUCGCUCGGAUUUGUGUCGAGUCCGCGUUGGAGGAAGACUCGCAAGAAUCUGUGUCUCUCGCCUGCGCAUUUCCCUGAGCUACGCCGCCUCUCCCUCCUCGUCGCACCCUUUCAAAUCGUCGGCACCUUUGAGUGGUUGACCCAUCUCGCUCUCUACGACAUCACCCGCGACGAUCUUCACGCUGGCGUUGUCGAGUUUAUCACCCAAUGCCCUUCUCUUCUCCACCUCGCCCUGGGCGGCCCGCUGGGUGUACAGCAACCAGCGGAGUUGCCGAGCACUGUCGGAAUAGCGGUUCCCGCCAUACAGCAAGUCACCCUCCAUGGCUUCGACGCCGCAACCGUUCAGUUCUAUGUCACCCUCCUCAGCCAUGCCGAUGGUCCUUCGUUCCACGUCAUUGGCUUCAGCGGGAACGAUACCUCUUUUACCAGUUCCUUCCUAUUCCCCGCCGACGCUCCCGAUGUCACCCGCCUCUCCUUCGCCCUCCACCCCGACCGCGAGGGCCGCUUUUGUCAGUACGAGCACUCCCUCUCGCUCACCACCGCCGGCCCCGCUCUUACGCGCCGCCUCGCGACGUACGGCGGUUCCCUCUACCUCCGUGGGCUCCCGUCCUGGAUGUGGCACUCCCACUGCAUCGACCCCGCUCUCGCCCCCGGGUUCAACACCAUCCGCGAGGUAUGGUUCGAGAACACACAGUCCUCCUACCCCUGGUCCCGCUCGGGCAUGCCCCCGUACGCCUCCACGCACACGCUGUUCCCCCCGAGCGUCGAGGAGGUCGUCCUCGUCGUCGACCGCUCCCUUCUCCCCUUCGAGACCCCGUCCCUGCACGUCCUCCCCCGCGCGGACGACCGCACGUUCGCCUGCCCGCGCCUCAAGAUCGUCCGCAUCGCGCACGGCCACCCGCGCGACGCCCACCCGCCGUCGCCCGCCGUCACCGCGCUCGACUUCGGCCCGAUGUUCCGCGACCUCGCGUCGGGCGCGUACCGGUACCUCGAGCGUCUGGUGCUGCAGACGACGCCGCUCGUGCAAGUGGCGGACGUGGACCUCGCGCGCCUCCGCGAGCACUUCGUGUCGGUGCAACACGAGCGCGUCGCGGAGCUGCCGAGGAUGGAGAUACGCGGAGGGGAGUCGGCGGAGUGGAGGUGCGAGAGCUGGCCGGGUGCGCUGUGGUGA